CGAUACGAAUAAAAGAAACCGCAAAAUUUUUAAAAUAAUGUGCUCUUCUUAGACUUGAACCUGGUGAUUGUGAUGACAUUAGUGGAACAGGACUUUUCAAUGAAAAUAGUGCAACCAUGUUUAAGUACUAGGUACUAUUGAGUAUUGAUAUUUUCCUCCCCUUGCUUCAGUGAAGGCAUACGGUCUCCAGUGUUAGUGCAGAAAACACCGAAAAAUUGUACUUCUAAUUGCAGUGAUGUAAUCUGAAGAAUGUUUUAACAUUAUCCAAGUUGUGUUUUUUCACUGAAGGAUGAAUUUGUUAAACGCUGAAUCAUACAUUACACCUAUACUGCUUAGCUAUGUGGAUAAAUAUGUACGAGAUUUCAAACCAGCUGACGCCCAGGUAUCGCUAUGGGCUGGCGGUGUCACACUCCACAACCUGGUGCUUAAAGCAGACGUCUUGCAAAAGGAGGUGGCCCUGCCAUUUACACUGGUCUCCGGGCGAAUCCACGAACUCCGUAUACAAGUCCCGUGGACAAAAAUUUUGUCCGAACCAAUUGUUGUUACAAUUAAUACUAUCGAAUGCAUCCUCAGUUUAAAUCCGCCGCCAGACGAAGGCCCCGCGCAGGAGACUAUCAAUAACCGCUCUCAAGUGGUAGAAGCUCCUUCGGGGUACAUUCAGGACUUAGUGCGUCGGAUCGUCAGCAACAUUGCAAUCCGAGUUCACUCUCUUAUAGUGAAAUAUGUUCAUGAUGACAUCACACUCUCGUUGACCAUAAAACACCUUGCAAUUGAUAGUGUCGGGCAAGCGUGGAAGCCAACCUUUGCUGACAUAGACCAAGAGAACCCAGUCAUCCGGCGGCUAGUGCGCUUGGAUGACUUGACAUUAUGCCUGGACAAGAGUGAUUCCGAUGGCAAAAUCCGGUUCUUCCACGAGCCGUUGCUUUACCGCUGCCAGCUGGAGUUAAGAGUGUUGACGCGCCUUGCAUCGGCGAACACACGUCGCGCACGCAUCAUCAGCAUCCAGCUCUUCUCCAGUAGGCUAGCUUGGGACGUUCACAACGAGCAGCUGGUAUUGCUGCUACGUUUACUCAGGGAGCGCAGCCCUGUGGUGCCGAACACACCACCACCUGCACAAGCUAACGUUCAGGCAACGCCACCUCAUACCUCAACAUCCAGCUCUGCAGACCGCGUUGGAAAUGAAAGCUGGUCAGAGUGGGCCUGGUCCUGGCUUCCUACUUGGAUGGACCGUGAGGGCGUUGAAGAAACACGGGCUACUGCCACUCCCGCAGUUCUGGCUUUUACCGCAUACUUUGAACAAGUAUCUUUGGCCUUCUGGAUUACGGAAACAGAUGGCGCCGGUCGCAAACGACGUCGUAGCAUCUGCGAACUGACUGCCACAGACGCGGUCAUCAAUUGUAGAAUGCGCUCGCCAUCUUUUUUAUAUUUAAAAAUGGCCGCAAGGAAUCUAACUCUUGCCUCGCACGGAAAGUGCGCGUGCGGCCACCUCGACAAUACGAAUGAUGAAAAACCAACAGUAUACCUGGAAAAAAUAGUAGAUCCCAACGAAGAACCCUGGAGUUGGGUAGAGGAGGAGUUGAGUAACCAAGCGGUUGAGGCCGCUUUGGCCGAAGAGGAAGAGUUGCCAAGAUUUUACUACGAUGAGGAGAGUGAGACAGAGGAAGACAUGGAUCCUUUUUGGCAGGACAUGAAGCCUGUUAUUUAUCUUGAGUUGAAUCACGUUAGAGCUCCACAAUCGAGCAUUUCAAUUCCGAACGAAAAACCGAUAUGGGAUUUUGAAUACAGUGACUGGGAGGAACAGAGCAUGUUGACUAUUCGAGUAAGACCAAUGCUGGUCAAUAUGUCCAAUGGAUUGCUGCAUCGACUGGCUGUAAUACGGGAUGCGCUUAGUGAAGUGCCUCCAAUAGUCGAAGAAGUACAAGUGCGUACUCUCACAGUGGAAGAAUGCGAUGCCCUAUCAGAGAAUUUGCCUCUAAGGCAUAUUAACUUCCAAUUGAGGGGUUUACAUGUCCGUGUUCUGCCUACUGAGCAUUCGGAGAAGCUGAUCCAAUCACCGCUUGUGUUGGACGUGCAAUUUCCUUCAGCUGUCAUAUAUUUUACUGAGCCUCUGUAUCCUAACAGAGUGUCUUCGGCAGCAUGUCAGAUGCCUGACGACUCGUCUCCGCUACUUCAAGGCGCACGUUUCCACACGUCCUCACGAAUAAACUCCAUGCGUGUUAGCAUAUGUUCACCACACGAAGACAACCCGAGGCCUUGUGCUAGUACUUCGCUGGAAAUGGGCACUCAUUCUUUGAUAAACAAAGCACUCUUCAACCACCGAGAAAGUAUUCUGUUCAAUUACAUCGUCGGAAUAAGUGAAGUGAACGUAUGCGGCUCGGCACCGCGCUUACAAGCAGCAAUCGAAGUGGCUAAGUCAUUUAUAAACGAAAAAUUGACCAGCCCACUACGUGAUACCACGCUCGCAAAUGACGCUCUUAACGAUAAAGAGUUAGUGGCGCUGGAUGUAACGCUGGAGAACAUAACGACGCAGGGCUACCUUACGAAAUAUAACAACGCACAUUUCUUCAAUUUGGGCUCUGUGAAAGUUACUGCUUUACAAGCGAGUGCAAGCGGUGUAAAACACGCCUGGAUUCUUUCUGCACCAGAAAUACCGAGUAUCUCAUCUUACAUCCGAUGCGCAUUCCAAUAUUGCAACGACCCACUUCCAUCUAUGAUAGAGUACCUGAACCUGAAUUCUGAGUCCAUGGCUAUCAGUGUCGACCCGUUGCUGGUAGCCUGGUUGAGCUACCAGCCUCGACUGAAGGGGUCUGCCGAUACUCAGGCUCAAUCGUCGUCCCACACGAAACCCAUGCCAUCCUACUUGUUAAAGCGAAAAGGGACACCUCCGUCCUCCUGCGGCCGUGGCGGCAGUCGAUCAGGCUCGGGUGCUGAGUUGGUGCACGUGAGACACCGUAGCUUGGAGUCGGAAAGUGAACCUAGCGAGAAGAGAGAGGACAAGCCAACUGAUGAAAAGCCUAAGAAGGUGGAGUCCUGGUUAAGUGAUGAUAUGGUUCUGAAAAUUUACUCACGCCUCAAUAGGAUGUUGCUAUCAGUUGGAAUAGGGCUGACACAAAUUUACAUGCCGUCGUCCGUGGUGUCCGCAGUCGACUGUAUAAAAAUAAGGGACGCAAUCGAUCGGCAUGUCUUAAAUUCAAAUCGCGUUUUAGUAUUGAGUUUCGGCCAUUUCUCCGUCGCCUCUAGUCCCCAAAUGAAUUAUCUGUGGAAAACUAUCCAACACGAUCAGCCCACAUACUUUAGACCUCAACGUGAACAAAAUGUUAUUGAAGACUCGUUCCCAUGGAAAUUUAGUUUGGCCGAGGUCUCAUGCUAUACACUUGAAGUAAAAUACGACAAAGAUUCGUGCGAAAGUGAGACAUCUACUUCUGAGCUCAUGCCUGAAUUAAAAAUAAAUAGUGGAGUUCAUCCCCGACCUUUGCUGGACAUGGUCAUUUCUACUGUCACAUUGUCCAUUGUUACGAAGCGCUCGCAAGACAAGCAAGUAAAGAAAUGUGACAUUAAAGGAAAACCAUCCGAACAUCAUCGGGAAGACGACAAACCAAAGAACUUUGCGACUGGAACCAACUUUCCGCCUCCUUCGAUAGAGGAAUUUAUUCGAGGCCCUAGUAGGCGGGGAUUUCCUAAUCCAGAGGCGGCGGCAAUAUACUCAGAGACUUCAUCGUUCCAUUCAAUGUUUACCAGCGGUCCAGUGCUUGCCUUGGGAGUUAAUCUACAUGCUGACACACCACCAAUUACUUUAACACUGGACCAAGACCAAUUACAGACUGUGAUUGUAGCAAUACACGGCCUAGGUCAUGUUUGGAGCCUACUACGACGUCCACCAGUGACGCGGGAAGAAAAACGUUCCUCUAGGUCAUCCCAUAGGCCACUUGAAAGAUCGACAUCCGAUGUGGACGCAAGACGCACUUUAUUUGAAGAGACAACGAGCGAAAAUCGCGCCGAACAAAGCACUAGCAUAAAUCAAACACAGAACGAUCCUGAUGAGGAAGACACAACAAUACAAACAUUCUUCUGGACACAAUGGGUGAUAAACCAAGUAAGGUUACUGAUCCUCUUUCCGGAAGCCAAACUGGUGUUUAACGUAGAGGACGUUAUAAGCACGAUUGACUUGCAAGAGAACUACUAUCAACUCAAGAUUAAAGUGACAUCUGCCUCAUUAAGACACUUCAAAAGGCGGGAUGGAUGUUAUGAGUGGAUGCCUGGAUUAUAUGGAGGACGCAUCCUGGAAAGCCGAGAGCCAACUGACUCUACAGAUGAGAAUAGUUUCCUUGCUGUAACAGUUACUCAAGCACUGGUUUCCGCUCUACCCACCAGUUGGAAAGAAGAACUUCAUCCAAAAUUUUUCGAACAAAAUGAUAACUUAGAUACAAUGUGGGAAGUAUACGCCACCCUUGCCCCUUUGGAGAUCGCGAUGCAACCAGAUUUAUUAGAGCUUAUCAUCUUCUGGUCAAACGAAUUAAUGCCUCCAAAUUAUUGCCCAUUGAACCAUAUGGAACCUAGCACUUCUAGUUCACGGCAGUGGCCUUUCUGUUACAUCUACGUUGGGGCCAUACGGAUACUUCUCAAUUUUGGGGAUGAAAACGCAGACUCCGUGGAUGACACUCUCAUGUGUAUCAUUAACAACAUAAGAAUCACCCCAUACCCGGAAAACCCUAUCUGCAGACAAUAUGUUAACGACGCCUGGAAUACUUCGUGCCCGGAUUUAGAUGAGCGUCAAUACGAGAUUAUAAUAAAGAAUAUCUCUCUCCGAACCGCGCGUUUGAGUCAACUGCUUGAUCAGGAGGUAAUUGAAUCGAAGAUGUUGAAGGGAACAGGAGCUGAAAAUCCUGCGCUAAAAUGGAGCCAGCAAGUUGUACCUCCAACUGUUACACCAGUGAUCCAUUCCGUGGACAUAAGCUGCUUACUGGCACCAUCUAUAUACUCUGGUGGUGCGUUAGUCUAUGGACCGGCAAUAGAACUGAAUCUACUCACAGAUUGCACGAUUGAACUUGGCGUCGAACGAUUGGAAUUGCUUCACACACUUAUCGCACAUUUCAUAGAAGCGUCUACUAGGACUGCAAUCUCCUACUUUUUAGAGGAUACCAAAACUUGUCCAUUUGCUAAAUUAAUUGCAAGCCAACGAAUCGAUUCUUCAACCGCAGAUAGUGAUGCAGCCGCUUCCGAGGAAGCAACAGAAAACGCCGGAAUCGCUAGCUGCAGUGCGUUUGAUUCCGGUUUCGAUACCGCCACAUCGCAGUCCACAUACAAAUUACCGCCCAAGAAGUCUGUGUCCAUCGCGUGUCAUGAUAAACAAGCAAAGGCAUCGGACUUUUUAGAGGUUUUCGUGACCAUGGGAGUAGUCGAUAUCUCACUGUACGUGGGGGACGAUGGAUCUCCAGUAGUGAAGAGACUACGACCGCCACCCGGCAUAUUGAACAAACCAACUAAAAAAGAAGUGCCCAGGUUGAAGGUUAUAAUAGAAGAACCUAAGGAAGAAAAAGCCGAGAGAAGCAAGGACGAGGGGAAAGAUUCGAUGAGUGCGAGCAAAAGCCUCACUGAAAACACCAGAAACGCAGACAUCGGGAAAACUAAGUUACAAGCGGUCGUCUUACCAUAUGCAAGUAAAACCGAGGGGAAUAUACCACUCAUGCACGCAACACUGCAUCAACCUAAUUUCUAUUACUUGAAAAAGAAGAAUCAGAAAACUAUCCAGAUAUCACUAUUUGACGCAUGGUUCGGGCUUGGAUUGGGUCAGGAGGAAGGUCAUUGGAACGCUCCGCUGUUUAGAACUAAACGGGGUUUGCCUGAUCCCAUCAGUGAAAUUCCACCAGCACUCGCCACUCUACGUGUGGACCUUUUUUCCGGGGGUUACGUGCCGCUGAGUCAUACGAGCGGUCGUGGUACAGUACAGCUAGAUGUAGAGAGACCUAUUCUGUUGGAAGUGUCCACCGACAGAUUGCGAAGAAUCAGAGGCAUCAUUGAUUUGAUUAAAAAGAACAGUUCGUUGCUAAGUCGUCGUGAGAAAACUGGAGAAGAAGAGAUCAAUCCAACGCCUCUUUUGUACAAAAUUAGAUGCUUUUUGGUGAAUCGGCAAAUCGAGAGCGUGACUGUCCUAACCGGACAAAUUGGCGUUAAUGGCCCCGAGGGAGCUAUAGGCUGGAGUUCAUUAAAGUUUCAAGCCGCGGCCGGCUCGCAUCCAGACCGUCUUCGUUGUCGGGGAUUACUCGACGCCAUCGUGGUAUCUGCCGGACCUCCGACUGAUCAGAGGCGUGUGGUGUUAAACCCCUUGGUGGCAGGCGUCCUAUUAGACGCAACUUGGGAAGCUUGGCGUAAGGCAGAGGGCGGUCCCGCGGCCCAAAACCCUUCAAUACGAGUGGCCAUUGAUGUGGAUCACAUAAGUUUGGAUCUCCGACCUUCCGAUAUGGCUGCCUUGGCCAGAAUCUAUGAUGCUGUGCAGGAAGUUAUGUAUUGGACUCAGCGCCCUUCGAGCCCCGCGUAUUCUUCAGCUAGCGACUCGGAGCCAACAACGGAAGGACCGAGCGUAUCAAGUGACUCAGUUUUCGAAAGAAAUGCUACAAGCAGUGACUCCGACCACCAUUACUAUAAAGAUGAUUUGAGGAGUGGUGCAUUCAAAAUUAUGUCAGGAGGUCAACUUCCAAUGGCAUAUCAAGUGACUUUACACGGCAACACGGUGUCUUGGCGGUACCCCCAUCCACGCGCUGUCACUCGCAUAGUUGCUUACCCUAUACCUGGGCAUACCGAGAAAGAAGUGGAAUGUGCCCUGGAGUUAUACUGCCCAUUGCUGGCCCGUUGGGAACCUUACACCUACUUCAAACUUCCGAUCUCGGAGCCUCGAGAAAUUCAACUGAACUCUGCCACAUCGGAUGCCAUAUUUUCACUUACCUGGCGAGUCCGGGCCUGCUCUGAUGUUGAGGGCACUAAAACAAGACCACCUUUUGAGUUCGACACUAAGAUAUUCACUCCAAUACCAGAUCCCUUGUCCGCUGAUGAAGCCCCCGCCAGUGAUAACAACAGUCAAACUUUCACCGUAACUGCAGAGGAGCUAUCGGGGAUAUUGCGCGUGGACUCCUAUUUCGCUCCGCGCCACAUGCCCCGUGCGCGGGUCGCCUUACGUUUUGUUAGCCUGGAAUUAGUUGCACACAACGAGCUUCCUUCUCAGUCUAGGCCAGUCAAGCCAUUAGAAGGCUACUACGUGUCAAAGCCGCUAAUGCGCAGCCACCGUGUGCUAACCCUUUCUAUGAGAGACACUGCAGCGCAAGCCAUCCUUGGCGAAUCCUCGAGAUUACUAUUUGACACCUAUAUCUCAAGCGACAUCCUAAACAGUUCCACCGGUUCAAUGGAGCAGCUGAUAGAAGAGUUUCGUAUGCAAGGCACGGUGUCCUUGAACAAUGAACAGAGAUUGCUAUUGCGCGCGGGUGACAUUCGCGCAGCCAUGCACGUCCAAGGAGUGUGUACGCUGCAAGCGCUGGCCCACGACUGGAUCGAUGUUUAUAAAUCUGCUUUACAACUGGAUACAGACGAGACAGAGCCUGUUGAAGAGGACGCUGCAGUAGCUUUGGAGGGGCUAGUUUCGCUCUGGAUUCACAACAACUGUUCGUCGGUGCUGCUUAUUGGACAAGACCAAACCGAUGAGAUCGUGCCGCUCAAUGGAGGCGCAUCACUUGCGUACAGAUGGCGGUCACCUACGGCACCGAAAAAGAUACGCUUCUCAAUAGCGGGCAAAGCAACUGACUGGCGCUGGUCUAACAGUAUCACAUUCUCCGUUGGAUCAUCUCGAGUGAGACUCGAAGAAGGCUACGUCAAUAGCGACAUCAGGGGCUUACAUGGGACAUAUUUAUACGUCGUCGUGAAAGACACCGGUGUUCGACGCGACAUGUUCCUAUCCGGUGAAAUCACUCUUGCGAAUAUGCUACGUCACAACUUGCUUUACAAGGUGCGAGUAAAACGUCGCGAAGAAACUGUCUGGCAAACUAUAAGUUCUGGAGACUUUAACUCCGAAACUAUGACUUGCAGCGUGCUCUGCAACACUGAAUAUGAAACUGUGCUGAAGUUAAAAUAUAAGACAUCAGGGAGCGGUUGGUCCGGUGACAUCCCAUUAAAAGAAUGUCGGAAAGAAAAUAUGCCGUGGCUCGUCAAACUGCCCAGUGGCGGUGAAGUUAAUUUCACGUCCGUUUGGUGCCGCGUAAAUCGCGCCCGCGUCGACAGACGCAUCAUAGCGACAGUUUGGCCGUUUUACUUGCUGCGCUCGCAUCUGCCACUUGACGCGGACGUGUCGAUAACAUCACGGACGCCCGUUGAGGAAGAAGGCAUAUCGGCACAGCAAAAAGAAAGACUGCCGCCGCUCAUACAGACGGUGACCGGACGCGGUGCUACCACUCACCUCAUUGCACCUGGCACCACCGCUACCACCCACGCACUCACCUUCCAGUACAGCGACAUCGACUGCCCUGUGACUCUCAAAGCCGUUCCUCUACACUACGGAGUGACGGAGAGCUCCGUGUUCGAGAAACCAACACCCGUCACCAACAUUGAGGAAAUCAUUGAAGCCUUGAAAGAAUGGUUGGAGAAGUCUGGCCGCGAUGUGCAAUGCAAUUGGCCGUACUCUAUAGUGACCAAGCACUGGCAUGGCACGUGGCACCCGGCGUUGUUGCAGCCACGAAGCGAUGUUAAUAUGCGCUAUCAAGCGAUUCGCAUCGGGGGCGGUUGUUCUCUCGAGCUGCAGGUUCGCCCCGUGGUUCUGCUUGCAAACGCGUCACCCGUUGCGUUGACACUGCGCGCACACAACUCCACACCUCUGUGCAGACUCGAGCCCGGUGUGGCUAUGUCGCCACAAACAAAUGUAUUACACAAACCCUUCUUCUUAUCUGUGGAGAUGGCUCGGGAGACUUACGUGAGUAGUCAGCUUCAAGUUUGCAAAAGGGAUCACGGCCAGUACGGCAAUCCGCCGCCCGGACACAUCGCCCUCGACCGUGCAGCCAAACUAGCUAUACACUGUGGCCAAAAGGUGGCGCUUUUGACGUUCUGCUAUGAAAUACAAGAAGAUAUCAACGUCCUUGGCAUCACGUCUACAUACAUUUUGAUCAACAGACUACCUAUUGAUGUUGUGGUGUCACCAAUGGUGGUUCCCAGACCGUCGAAUGACAGUAUCCUUUUACGUCCGAAGAUGUUCAAAGCCAUUCAACCAACCAAGGAAGAGAGGGUUCAAGGAACACCAUUAUGUAGUUUCUGGAUGCGAGGUCGUUGGCGUGAUACGGACGCCGAAGAAAUACGCACCUAUCUGUGUAUCGCGCUACCAUCGCAUGUGGACCCUACCACCUCUUACGUACCCGUGCGACUGGACAAGCCACCCGUUAGAAGAUCUAUCGCGCUUAGACAAGAGAGGGGCCACUCCAUAGCCGCCGUGGUAACCCAAGUGCGUCACGAAUCACGCUGGGUGAUAACAGUGGCCGAAGACCCGUGCCCGCAAUUUGUGGUGCGCAAUCUUACCGCUAACUCAUUAGCUGUGGCCCAACCGAUUUUCGACGAAUCUGGUCAGGCCAAUGUUCAGCCGGUGGGAGAAUGCUUCGGUGUGAGAUGGUUUUGCGAAGUGGAAGCUUGCGGGUCGACCCACUACUCGACGCCUGACUACGGUAAUCGUUAUCCAUCAUUGGAGAUAUCAUCCAGUCCGCCUGUACCGUUCCUCACCGUCGGACAAAAGAUUGCAGGUGAUUUCCAAUACGAAUGGUCUCAACCGGUGGCGAUAGCGGAUGGCGAGCAUUUACUGCAGAUGGCGGGUGGCGUGACGAUCAAAGUCCGAGUGUGCACGAAUCAUCAUUCCACGCUUGUCGAACUUCAGGACGUUGACCAACACGACAUAUCAGCUAGCGACAUACGACGGCGAUUACUCGGUGUCUCGGAUGAGUCAACAUUAUUUCAAGAAGACAAUAAGGGUAAAUCGCCAAUCACAGAAGUACGUCGAGUUAGCGCAUACGAAAAUCUUAUGGAGGCAUUCGCUCAACCGGGACCAAGUACAUCCAAAGAAAAUGAAGCAUUGCUACGUGUCGACACACAAACCAGUGCCCCGUCGGCUUCGGAAGUCGAAUAUGGAAAACCGGGAACUCAAAACGUGGAGCAAAUUGUGAUGCUGACUGCACAGGAUGCGUCCCUCAGAGACUCGUCCCUUAUGAAACUUUCUACAGCUGUCAGGAACGAUAUUGCAGAGUGGUCACGGAGCAGCCAAAUAUGGAAAGAAAUAGAACGAUUCAGAUGCGUCGUGGGCAGUAUCACCCUUACGCUCGGUGCUUCAGCUGACGAGCUACCCUUGCUGGCAAUACAUCUACAGCGAGCGGCGAUCCGGGUGCAAUCCGACUCUAGGAAAGUGCGCACCACUGUUUCCGUAGCCGACUUGCAAGUCGACAACACGCAGUAUUCGACGGAAAUGUUCGACUUUGCGGUCGUGGCCGCGACUCGAGCGGUAAUAGAAGAGCCGGAAAAGUGGUCGCCACUGUGGGGAAUGUACAAUGAAGUGUUUCCAAAGAAUUCUGCCGAUGGCAGGCUAUUUAUGCACACAUGUCAUGACAAAUGGACAGUUGCCGGGUGUAGUUUUCAAGAAUUGACGGAGAUCGAGAUCAAAUUGGGUCCACUCGGACUAUACAUCGAAGACGCAUUCAUCGGCGCCACAUUAAACCUCCUCCAAGUGGCUGUACCGACAAUCCCGCAGACUCCUGAAAUGGUCGCAGUUGCCGAAUCCAGAUCCUUGCAAAAACCAAUCAGAUUCAGGAAACUUCUCCUUCACCCAUUGGAUUUGACCUUGACACUCCACACAGCGGUCCGCAUAUACAUAGCGCUGGACGAGAGCCCCUUGUGUCUCAACAAAUUCCAACUUGAAGACGUGAUGACCUCCUCGGCGAAACUGACUCACGCGUUGACAGUACAUUACCUAUCCGCUGCGCUACUUGCUGCAGGUUGGGUAGUAGGCGGUUUAGAACUACUAGGCGCUCCGGGUGCGUUAGCUGCGAGGGUAGGAAACGCGGGGGGAGGAGUCCGCGGCGUGGCUUCGGCUGCGGCUGGCGCCUUGCUUAGAUCGCUAAGUGCAGCUGCAGGCUCGCUUGCCAGGAACCUUGACUUGCUAGCUGGCGAUGAUGACCAUGCGCGAAGAGCUGCGGCUGCGAGGAGGCGACCGCCCUCGAGUUUGAUGGCCGGUCUCGUGGCAGGCAUUACGAAUUUUGCCAUCAAUAUACUUGGUGCUGUUGGGGGUCUCGCUCAUCACCCACUAGUGGGACCGGCCGUGGGAGAGAGUGGCAGCGGAGCGACCGGACUACGCAGGGGCAUCCUAGGCGCCAUCACUAAACCACUCAGCGCAACGGCUGAUCUAGUUGCGUACGCUGGACACGGCCUGCUUUCACAAACUGGCUGGGAUCCUGUUCCACAGCCCCGCCUAGGUGGUGUUCGCCCGAUCGAUCAAGAGGUUCUCGCCCGUUGGCGGCGUGACUGUGUGCGCUGGAGUUUCCGACUUGCAGAAAUGACGGUGUUAGCGGGCUUCGACGUACAAAUCAACGAUGCGCAAACACAUCUGCUAGUCACUCGUAAGUGUCUGGUACUAGUCGAGCCCGAGACAGACCAAAUAACGGAAAUGAUAGAAUUAAAGACUUGCACACUCAGCCCCUACCAAGGUCAUGUAAUCGAGUUAAGCGUGGCACAAAAGAAGGCUACAAAAACACCUGAGUCCCGAAACGUGAAUGAAGACAGCGAUUAUCAGGUAAACGCUGCGGCUAUGGCGCGAGUAGCGCGAUACACUGGUGCCGAAUAUCGUUUCAACAACGCCCGCGUGCUUACCAUCCAAUCACAACCAGGAAAAUCGCACGCACUCCACGCAGUGCUGUCAUUGGCUCUGCAGCACAAUAAUUCUUCGCAUUUCCCGUUAUUGUGAACAAGACGAAGAGCGUUUGUAUUAGUAACAUAAACAGUAGUUAUACAUUCUUAACAACCGUGUAACUCCCAUUAUGUUAGCGCACAUUUGUCUCUUCUUUUUUUUUCUUUUUUUUUUAACAAUACCAUAGUCUAAUUUUUAAUUCUAAAGCCCCUAGUGUAGUGGUAAACAAACUUUACUUUUGAGUAACGUCAAUCUGUCAAAAAUUUAGAGUUUUCCAAUUUUGACUAUAGUUUACAUGAAUUAAUACCAGGUACUGGCUUCCCAGUAAAAUACUAGCUGAUGGUGUUUCUAGCCAGGAUUAGGAUACAAUUGGCGAAUCUGGAUCACUUAUUAUAAAAUGUGAUCCGCAUAUGCCAAUUAUAAUUACGCUGAAUACUCAGUAAUGAAUAUAUUCAAAGAUUUGAAUAUGAGUACAUCUGAAUAAUUAAUAAUAAAUAUAUUCAAAAGCUUGAAUAUACAUCUGCGUGAGUAAAAGGAAUAUACGAAUGGUUGAAUGCAUUAGGUACUUAGUUAUAAUUUUUCUGGAAUGGUUGAAUAAACACCUGAAUACUGAGUAACGAGUAUAUUUUAAUAAUAAAUUGAAUAUAAAUAUAUGGAUACGAGGGAAUGAAAAAAUUCGAAUAUUUGAAUAUACAUUCUAAUACUGAGUAAUAGCUAUCUAUUACUCAGUAUUCAAAUUUAUAUUCACUAAUGCGGAUAUUCCUAUAACCCUCUGUAUGCAGAUGUAUAUUCUAUUAUUUUUCGAAUAUAACAAAUGACUCAGUAUGCAGAUUAUAUUCAAGCUUUUGAAUAUAUCCAUAACGCAGAAUUGAGACGUACUAUUUUUUUGAACCUUUAAAUAUGCUAAUUACUCAGUCUUCAGUGAAAUUACAAUUGUAAGAUCCGGGUUACUACCAUAAUAAGUGAUCAUACAGAUAUGCCAAUUAUAUCCAAAUUUCAUAACAUUGCAUAUUUUCCGAUAGUACAAAGCAUUAGCAUUUCAUAUUACUAUAACAUUAAUUAUUUUUGAUGAUAGUCGAUACUCUAUUGCUCAUGUUGAGUAUGUCUACUUACACCGGCGGUAAUUUAAUUUAUCCUAACAAAAGUAACUCUGGAAUAUAAUAAUGCAGUAAAGGCUGAUUGAAUUAAAUACCCAUUUACAUAUCUUUUCGCUUAACUAAAUGGGCAGGUUGAAAAACUUACUAUCAAUGCUGGAUCGUUGUUGUGAGCCAAAAUUAAAUUCAACGUUUAUAGGGAAGUCUAUCAGCUUAGCUUGUGCGAAAAUAUGAUACUCGCAAUCGCUAAAUACGCAUUUAAUGAAGUCCGGUCUCUCCCUGACGUCUUUCAGUUGGUCAUGUAAAACAAUAUAAACAAUUAGCAUGACCUUGUAAGGACAGAUCAGAAUGCAUCGUGGCCGGACUUUAGUACAUAAAAGACAAAAUUACUUAAUUAUAAUCACGCGCCAUACAAACACGCUCGUGUUUAUAAUAUACAAAUACGCGGUGGUACACUGCUAGUCACCUUAUUGAUUCACAUUUUAGACUGGCUAGUUUUGAACGAAGGUCUUUGUUUUUAUUAACUUUUAAUGAAUAUAUAUUUGUCUCCUUACCGUUUGGCUCAACGGAAGAAAAAUAUAUAUUUGUUGCCAAAUCCAUUAUAAUAAAUUUCGUUUACUUUCUUUCUAAACUGACCGUCUUAAUGAAAAUCGAUAACGAAUGUAACACUCGGGACUUGAGUCACGUUAUACGUUCUGUGUUGCAUAUUGCGUGUUAAACAAAAGUAUGCAGCUAUUGAAAACAUUAUGACAUACAAAAAUGGAGAAAUGACCAUCUCUUUAAUGACAGUAUUCAUAUUUUAGAAUACAUAAUCGGCUUUUACCGAUUUUUGGUCUUGCUUAGACCACUAAUCUGUCGUCGUAUAAAUGCGCGCGGCCAACCCCGGUAACAAACAUAAAUCGCUUAUUGAUUCGCAUUUUAUAUUGGCUAGUUCUGUAUGAAGAGCUUUUUUCUGAUUUAAAUGAAUAUAUAUUUGUCUACUUCUUCGUUUAUCUCAACGACAGAAAAAUAUAUAUUCGUUGCAUUUUUAUCUACAAGUUCAGACUUCAGAAUCAAAUUGCCGUCAAAUUUGAUUCUGAUGUCUGAACUUGUUUUUCAUAAUAAUCACUUAAUUGAUUUGCUGUUUCUAUCGGCCAGUUUUAUAUGAAAUACUUUCAAUCUGAUUUAUAAUGAAUAUGUAUUUGUCUACUUCACCGUUUAAUCAACGGAAGAAAAGUAUAUAUUCGUUGCCAAAGCUAUUAGUUUCGUACUUUAUAAUGAAAAUAUACAUCUGUUCUUCCAAUCUCUGGCUGAGGGGAGGAGCAGAGCUAUGCUGAUUUCCGUGCAGGCAUAGUAAAUGCUUAUUGUAACCUACGUAGGGGCCACACGCAUUGUAUAUUUUCAUUUUUCUCUUCAUCCGAAUUAUCCAUUGAAAUGCCUAAUCGAUUGUAACAAAAGUGAUUUCACUCGGAACUUACGUAACGCCUACAAAUAGUUUUGUCGUUUAAACGGACGAAAACGGCCUAAUAUUUAAGAUAUUAUGGCCUCUAAAAAUGAUACUUCUUUUCUCUUAUCAAUUGUUAGAAUUAAUAAUAUGCUCUUUCGAUAUACUUGUGUCUACUUACCAUAAAAAUAACGCGUCUACUUUAAUAUCUUGUCUGUGUAGUUUAAGUAAUGGCUAUUUAGGAUUAUAAAAAAAAACAAAAAAUAAUACAAAAAAACCGAAAA